GUUAUUCUAUCAUUUCGUGAUUUCGAGCUUUUGUUUAUGUUGAUUAAAAAUCAAAUAUUUGUGUGAGAAACUAAUAAAAUCAACGUUUUAUCUAGAAUAUAUAAUUAGUAAAAAUCUAAGCCAUCUAACAUAAAGUAUGUCUAAUAUUAUUGAUAUUGAUGGAAGUGUUUUAGAGGGUGGUGGGCAAAUUCUCCGCAUGUCAGUAGCCUUUAGCGCUAUCAUGGGGGUGCCCGUCCGAGUCUCUAGAAUAAGGGCCGGCAGAAGCAAGCCGGGGCUUGCGGCACAACAUCUAAAAGGUAUUCAGCUGGUGGGAGAAAUGUGCGGUGCUGCACUGCAUGGCGUGGAGAUUGGCUCCACGGAAAUACAGUUCUCCCCGGGCCAGAUCAAGGGCGGCCAUUAUGUAGCAGACACUAAAACUGCAGGGUCCAUAAGCUUGCUUCUCCAAGUGGCUCUGCCGGUGGCGCUUCUAGCCGACGGCCCCGUCACCCUCGAGCUGAAGGGAGGCACUAACGCAGACAUGGCCCCACAGGUGGACUACCUCACCGAAGUGUUCAGACCACUGCUUGAGAAGUUUGGAGCUACCUUCGACUUUGACUUGCAUAGGCGUGGCUACUACCCCCGCGGCGGCGGCCACGUCUCAGUCCACAUCCGGCCGGCGGCGCGGCUGAGAGGCGUGGAGCUCACGGGGACGGGGCGCGUGCAACGUGUGCAGGGCUGGAGCUUCGUCGCCGGCACGCUGCCUGUUAAGAUGGCCCACGAGAUGGCGGCGGCGGCGCGGCAGGCGCUGGCCGGGGUGUGUCGAGACAUACACAUAGAGUGCUACAAGGAGGAUCGGGCCGUAGCGCCCGACAACUGCAGCGGGAUCAUUCUAGUAGCAGAGACUUCAUCAGGCUGUAUCCUGGGCGCGGACGCGUUAGGGCGGCGCGGCGCGGGGGCGGGCGCGGCGGGGCGGGCGGCGGGGGCGGCCCUCGCGGCCACGGCCACUAGUGGCGCCUGCGUCGAUGAACAUGCGCAGGACCAGCUGAUAAUGUUCAUGUCGCUGGCGGCGGGCCGCUCGUCUCUACGUGUAGCUGACGUCACGCUGCACACACAGACAGCCAUGCACGUCGCUAAAACCAUCGCUAAGGUACAUUUUAACGUGGUACCCAGCGGCGACACUAACAUCAUUGAGUGCGAUGGAUUAGGCAUCACUAAUAACAACAUCCCUCCCAGAUAAAUUUACAUCAAUGAAGUAAAUUAUGCUAAGUAGGUACCUUAUACAAGUAUGUAUAUAAUAUAAGUUAUUUAUUUAAAUUUAAAUAAAUAUGAUUUGUAAAUAAUAAAUGUAAAUAUCAUUAAA